UUACGCGAUAUCCCAUACACAGAUUCCAUAAUGUCCCAACCGGUAUUUGACGGUACCUUUGUCAACAACUUUUGGGGCCAGGAGAACACUGGCUUCGACGUUGUUCAGACACACAUGGCCAACGGGGCCACCUCUGUCGACGAGCUCGUGCAAUUCUGUAAACACAAGAUCCAGCUCGAACAGGAGUACGCGCGCAAGCUCGAGGCCCUUUCCAAACAGAUGGUGGGCUCGUGCGAGUCCGGCACUUUGAAGCAGUCAGUCAACGCGCUUCUUCACGAGACGCGCAAAAUGUCCGAGUACCACAACCAGCAGGCAAGCCACAUCGGCCAAGCUGUGUACGAGCCGUUAAGACGGUUUGCCGACCACUUUUCCGAACAGAAGCGCGCAAUCGAACGCAAUGUGCGGUUGCUGAAGGAGGAAAUGGACCACGCGGACGCUAGCGUCGAAAAGUUGCGCGCGGCGUACGCACACGAGUGUGCCAAGUACAAGGCGUUGCGCGCAGAGACACAAUUAGCAUUGGGGCGCGAGUUGGAGAAAAUCCACGUGAAAAUCGGGCGUACCCAUGAGGCCAUGACCACCCUCGGGCAGAAGUACCAUCUCGCAGUCACCCAGGCGGCGCAGCUCCAUGACCAGUACGUGUUGAACUGGAAGUUGGCCGCGCGUCGGUUGGAAAGCUUGGAGGGUGAGCGCAUCAACGAGGUGCGUAAAAACGUCUGGGAGUACACCAACGCCAUUUCAACCAGCUGUGUGAACGACGCGGACUCUGCAGAAGAGGUUCGGACGGUUUUGGAAAAGGUGGAUGCCAAGGGCGACGUGUACUCGUUUGUUGAACGCAAUCACACGGGUAAUCAGAUCUUUGACCCCGCGCUGUUUAUAGAUUACGAAAGGGGCCAGACCGAAACGCCGCGUAACUUUAUCUGGGCCAGUUUUGGGGGACAAAGCAAGGAAAGCACCCCUUCUACGUACGAAGAAAGGCCAAAGAGUGUUGCAGCGACGCAACUCUUUGGCGACUCGGGAAUGCAGCCGAUUUUUGCCCAAAGCAAGGAAUCCCCGUCCAGGCUCGCGCCACCAGAAGAACGGGCCUUCUUUGGCCCUGCGGGGUCUAACGUCUCGGAUGAUCACCGUAGAUCCAACAUGUCUGACGAAAACCGCCGUUCUCAUUAUUCUGCUUCUACCUUGUUUGAAAGAGCCAAGUCCCAGUCUGGCUCGGAAGCCUCCGCGUACACCGCCGCAUCAGCCUCUUCCAACAAAACAUGGUCCUCACCCGACCGCCGGCGCUCGCGUGCGUCGCGCGAACCGGAGUACGCACAGAUGCACGCCAAGCCGGUGCCGGUACUCGCACCACCCUCGAAGCCUGUUCCGUUGGUGAAGGACUUUUCUAUGAACUUUGACCCGUUGUCCAAGGCAUUGGAUAGUUUGAACCAUGGCGGUAACGGCGAUAUGAAUCAGUUCCGGAAGUCCGUCAGAGCGGCUGAGGCAUCAAAAUCCGCGCCCGUCACACCAUGCUUGGACCGGGCGCGCCCCGCACACAUGUAUGCACACGAGGCGAGACCCGCCUACUCAGAGGCUGGCCAGGUCAGACCCACUUAUUCAAAAACUGACCAUGCCCGACCACAUAGCACGUAUAACGACCUCCCAGCACCGUUUGAAUCCCCUGUGAGAACAAAAUCCCGAACGAGAAAGUCGUUCCUGAAUUUGAACUCUUUUAUCGCGCCUGCCGCGCCUACCCCUGAGUACUGUCUGAACGGCGCCAAGGUGGUGACCAAAGCCAUUGCAAAGUAUCCGUUUCAGGCUGGUGAUGAGGAGAUCGACGUGAGCAUGGAGCGCGGUGACCGCUUGCUUGUUUACGAGAUGAUGUCUGAUAACUGGUUUGGGGUACAAAACUUGCGUACCAGCCAGUGCGGCACUGUCCCGGGAAAUUAUGUAAAGUAUGGAGAUAACAUCUUCUGAUGCGCCGCUGCUGUUUUGGAUUGGUAGGUAAGGAUUAAUGUUGAUGAUUUUGUAGCUAAAUGUAGAAUGGCCCGGAAAAAACUCUAGCAU